GUAAUCUAGGAGUGAGCGUAGUUUUGUCAUUCGACGGUUUGGGAGGGUACGGGAAAUCCAGAGAGAUUACACAGAUUGAAACCGGAGAUCCAGUACACAACGCCGGCCUGCCAUGACGCAAAACUCCGCUAGCAAGCUACUGAAUGGAGACACCAUACACCGGUCGAAACAAGAUAAGAAAGCGGGCGGAAAUGGGUUCGUGAAGAACCACUGCUUGUUCCAGCAGCAGCAGAAGCGAUACCGCCGCCCGGCGGAGAAGAGCCAUCAUGCUUUAUACGCUUCACUUUAUAAAAAACCAUUUGUGGAGUCGUUUGAGGAGACGCCUCUGCUGGUUGCCGUCCUCACCUACAUGGGCUAUGGCAUCCUUACCAUUUUUGGCUAUCUGCGAGAUUUCCUGAGGGACUGGAAGUUUGAGAAGUGUCAUCUGGCCAGAGAGAGGGAAGAACAGAAGGAUUUUGUUCCACUGUACCAGGACUUUGAGAACUUCUACACCAGGAAUCUGUACAUGAGGAUCAGAGACAACUGGAACAGGCCCAUACGCAGCGUCCCUGGAGCCAAGAUGGACCUUGUGGAGCGGGCCACACCUGACUACAACUGGACCUUUGAACACACAGGAAAGGUUCUGAAAGAUGUUAUCAAUAUGGGCUCGUAUAACUACCUAGGCUUUGCUGAGAAUACCGGCACAUGUGCUGAUGCUGCCUCUGAGUGCACUGUGAAAUACGGCAUGGGGGUGUGCAGCACCAGGCAAGAGCUAGGAAAUCUUGACAAGCAUGAAGAGCUGGAGAAGCUGACGGCCAGGUUUUUAGGGGUGGAGUCAUCCAUGGUCUUUGGAAUGGGCUUCGCUACAAAUUCCAUGAAUAUUCCUGCGCUCAUGGGAAAAGGCUGUCUGAUCUUAAGUGAUGAGCUCAAUCAUGCAUCUCUGGUUCUGGGUGCCCGUCUCUCUGGCGCUACCAUCCGUGUAUAUAAACACAACAAUAUGCAAAGUCUGGAGAAGUUGCUUCGGGAUGCUCUCAUACAUGGCCAACCUAGAACCCACCGGCCCUGGAAGAAGAUCCUCAUCCUCGUUGAGGGAAUUUACAGCAUGGAGGGCUCAAUAGUGCGACUUCCUGAGAUCGUUGCCCUAAAGAAGAAAUACAAAGCCUACCUGUACCUGGAUGAGGCCCACAGCAUAGGGGCACUAGGACCAAGAGGCAGAGGUGUAGUGGACUACUUUGGCCUGGAUCCAUGUGAUGUUGACAUCAUGAUGGGCACUUUCACAAAGAGCUUUGGUGCAGCUGGAGGAUACAUCGGAGGAAAGAAGGAGCUGGUUGAUUACCUCCGCUUACAUUCUCACAGUUCAGUUUAUGCUACCUCAAUGUCCCCGCCCAUCACCCAGCAGAUUAUCACUUCAAUGAAGUGCAUCAUGGGAGAGGAUGGCACCACAUUAGGUCAGGAAAGACUCCGUCAGCUGUCAGAAAACACAACCUACUUUCGCAGGAGAUUACAUGAGAUGGGCUUUAUCAUCUAUGGGAACAAUGACUCCCCUGUUGUACCCUUGAUGCUCUACAUGCCAGCUAAAAUCGGAGCAUUUGGGCGGGAGAUGCUGAAGAGGAACAUUGGGACAGUGGUGGUUGGGUUCCCUGCUACACCCAUCAUUGAGUCCCGAGCUCGUUUCUGUGUUUCUGCCGCCCACACAAGAGAGAUGCUCGACACCGCUUUAACUGCCAUCAGUGAAGUUGGAGAUCUACUCCAGCUGAAAUACUCCAGAAAAAACAGACAUGGGAGUGAAGGAACUGACUGUUUUUCAUACCUGGAGAGCCACCAGGACUAGCACUUUCUCACGAUAGACUGAUUGUGUCUUUCUUCCACACCAGAGCGAUUUAUGUCAUACUAAAGCAUCAUUUUCAUGUUGAUUCAUUUCAGCGGAGACACACUGAAGCCCACCAACUGACCAAAUUUCAAGUCUUACCUUUGGGUUAAGUAAGCAAUAUUCAUUUCACUGUGCAAUAUCAACCGUAGUAAAGACUCCACAUCACUGUGUCCAGCAUCAGAAAUGACACAGGAUAAAAGUUAAUGCGUAGUGUUAGGGCUAAUUUAUCCUUCUACACAGUCUGAAACAAAUGAGAGUACACACAAUUAUUUUCUGAUAUUUUAUACAAAUAUGAUCAGUGUUUCUGU